AUGGCGUACAACCCCUACGGCGGAGUCCCUGGCUUCGGCCCGCCUCCCACCUAUAAUUCUUACCCUGGUGCCAAUGGCCCUCCGGGAAUGUCGUCCGCUCCUGGUCUAGGACCUCCUCCAGGCAUGUCUGCCCCGGGAACGGCGCCACCACCUGGCGUUCAGCAUCCCAGCAUGCAUCAAGCUAAUCGACCUAGCGGCUUGCCCUCCAGUUUCCAAGCACCUGCGAACAUGCCCAACAUCAACUUCAACGCCCCCGUGAUUCGGCUUGGAAAUUUGUCAGGAAAGCCCGCUACCCCUGGACUGCCUGGUCGUAAAGACAGCGAGACCCCGACCUCUGCUGGUCCGAGAGCAGGCAUAGGCAUGGAUAGAGGCCUCGAUCAGACACGGCAGGCUAUUAGGGAUAAUAUGCAAUCGUUGGCACCACCUACGAAAGAAGAGAUCGUCCGAACGAUAUUCGUCAACGGCAUUGCAGAUGGUGUCGGCGGUAACAGGGGCAUCGAAAACAUCCUGGGAACGGUAGGCGAAGUGCGGCGCUGGGACCGGGCAAGAGACGCGGGUGGGAAGGACUUGACCUUCGCCUUCGCCGAGUUUGAGGAUGCCGAGUCUCUCUGGAUUGCCUCAGAAAUCCUGCGCGAUGUUGAGGUCCCUACAAAGAAACAGGCACCUUCAGAUGCCCCGGCCAAAGAUGACGAAACAUAUGAGGAGUUCGAAAAGUCGACCCUUCAGUUUCGACUCGACGAGAAUUCGACCAACUACCUGGAAGCCUACAAGGAGGGUAGAACGGAUGAAUCCGGCCCAGAGGCAAGACUUGAAGCAGCAAGAGGUGCGUUGAAGCAGACCAUCAAGAACCUGUUUUAUCCUUCAUUGCGAGCAGCAGCAGACGCCGAUGGAGAUGUGACCAUGGGUGAUUCCUCUGGGCAGAACGGCGAUAAUGUCGAGGUGGUUAAUAUCCCUCUGGCCCAGGAGGAUGAGCUUGCAGAUAUCCCCGCGGAGAUGCGCGAGACUGUUGCGGCAGAAAUUGCUGCCUUCCGAGACCGAAGUAUCAAGCGCGACAUGGAACGUCUCAAGAGAGAGGAGGAGCUUGAGGCCUCAGAACGUCAAAGAAACGGAGCUUCGAGACCAUCGAGGCUGGCAACACCUCCGCCUACUAGUUCUAACAACAUUCCGCUCGGUCCGCGUGCCGCUCUCAACGCUCCUUCAGGUCCCAAAGGCCAGAAAACAGACCUUGGGAAGGAUUAUGGUCGCUCAAUGAGCUUCGUCAAUGGCGGGACUACCAAUGGCGGUAUGUCGUACAACAGAGAAGACGAGGACGACUCUGCGAGUGAUGAGGAAUUGGAGCAACGACGAAUUGCCAGGCAAAACGCCGAGACAGAGAAGCUCUACCUGGACGCCGAGCGACGCUGGCUGAAUCGAGAAAAGUCGCGUAGUGCUGCUCUUGAACGUGAGCAGACCCGUGACAGUACAGGUGUAAGGGCGGACACGUCAGAACGGGACGCGAUGUUGCACCGAUUGAAGCACUUCGAUGACGAUAACGAGUCAUCCAGAAAGAAGGAGGAUUACUACAGAGAUCGGAGCUUGUGGUUCCGAAAUCGUACCGCCUACAGGGCCAGGGAGGUUGCCGCGGAUGAUGCCGACCGACUUGCAGAAGACGAGGAGCGGGUGAAAGAGGAAGCUGAACGCGAACAAGCCAGAGGCAUGGCUGACUCAUUCCUCGAGAGACAGGCUCAAGAGAUGGAACAGCGCCAACCUAGCAGGAUUGGUCUUGCUGCACCCCAACCCUUCAAACUGUCUCUCGGUGCUGCGGCGCAAAAGAAUGCCCAGCGUGCAGCUCCUCAGCGGAAAACAAUCGCCGAGGUCGAGGGUCUGCUUGAGGACGAAGAAGAGGACUCGACUACCAGACGCCAGUUGAUCCCUAUCAAAUUCGAGCCGGCGGCAGCGGCUGGCAUGUCUGAUGAAGAGCGUGAUCAAGCCGUUCGGGCGCUGGCACAGGAGAUUCCCAGUGAGAGGGGAGAACUCUGGACAUGGGAGGUCAAGUGGGACUACCUCGACGAGGGUGUCAUCCGAGACAAGCUUCGACCGUUUAUCGAAAAGAAGCUGGUCGAAUAUCUUGGUGUACAGGAGCAACUGCUUCUCGAGGUGGUCGAGGAGCAUCUUCGGAAGCAUGCUAAGCCUCAAGAGCUAGUUGAGGAGCUGGCCGAGGCUCUGGACGAUGAGGCCGAAGCGUUGGUGAAGAAACUUUGGCGUAUGGUCAUCUUCUACACUGAGAGUGAGAAGCGUGGUCUCUCGGCAUGA